GCCUGAACUCCGAACUUUCGAGGUUGACCCGCCCGGGCGGUCCGAAUUUAAUUUGCCUUCCCAAUCUACAGAGUGAAUGCACUUUCAGUUCCUCUUUCGUUGCCUCUCGCCACCGGAAUUUCACUGACGACGUCGUCGUUGUCGGAGGCCUUUUAGAAGAAAGAGAAUGUCAGUGCUGAUAGUCACGAGCUUAGGGGACAUAGUUGUGGAUUUGUUUACGGACAAGUGCCCCUUAACAUCUAAGAACUUCUUGAAGCUCUGCAAAAUUAAGUAUUACAAUGGUUGUCUAUUUCACACGGUUCAGAAGGAUUUUACAGCACAGACUGGUGAUCCAACUGGGACUGGUUCUGGAGGUGAUUCAGUUUACAAAUUUCUAUAUGGCGAUCAGGCUCGCUUUUUCGGUGAUGAGAUUCAUCUUGAUUUGAAGCAUGCUAAGACAGGCACUGUUGCCAUGGCUAGUGCUGGAGAGAAUCUUAAUGCUUCUCAGUUUUAUUUUACACUGCGAGAUGAUCUAGAUUAUCUUGAUGGGAAGCACACUGUUUUUGGUGAAGUAGCAGAAGGGUUUGAUGCUUUAACAAGGAUUAAUGAGGCUUAUGUAGAUGAGAAUGGAAGACCCUUCAAAAAUAUCCGAAUCAAGCACACCUACAUACUGGAUGAUCCUUUUGAUGAUCCAUCACAGCUAGCUGAGUUGAUUCCUGAUGCAUCCCCAGAAGGAAAACCAAAAGACGAGGUUGAUGGUGAUGUACGCCUUGAAGAUGAUUGGGUGCCUCUUGAUGAGCAAAUAGGUGCAGCUGAGCUUGAAGAGGUUCUACGUGCUAAGGAAGCCCGUUCUAGUGCUGUUGUACUUGAGAGUAUUGGGGAUAUUCCUGAUGCAGAGAUAAAGCCUCCUGAUAAUGUGCUUUUUGUCUGUAAACUGAAUCCGGUUACUGAAGAUGAGGAUUUGCAUACAAUUUUCUCACGUUUUGGAACUGUUUUGUCGGCUGAAGUAAUUCGUGAUUUUAAGACUGGAGACAGUUUAUGCUACGCUUUCAUCGAAUUUGAGACUAGAGAGGCAUGCGAACAAGCUUAUUUCAAGAUGGAUAAUGCUCUGAUUGAUGACCGUAGAAUACAUGUGGAUUUUAGUCAAAGUGUUUCAAAGCUGUGGUCACAGUACAGGCGCAAAGAUCACCAAAUGGGUAAAGGAAAUGGCUGCUUCAAAUGUGGUGCUUCUGAUCACAUGGCCAAGGAUUGCACUGGGGGUCCUGUUGUCGGGCAGCAACCACAGAAGUAUGUGUUAAAGGAUGAUAACCUGCAGCAUGGUGGAGGCAACUCUAGUUAUGAAAUGGUAUUUGAUGGAGGCCCUUCGGAAAGUCCAACACAAGGGAAGAGACAUCAGGGCCGUGAUCGAGAUGAUAGAGAUGACUCAAGUCAUAGGGAUCGAGAAAAGAGAGGCUCAAGUGAUAGGCACAGGCAGAGUGACAGAAGUAGAGGAUACAGAGGGGACGAAUUGGGACGAGAUAGUAAAGAAAGUCGACAUGGUGGAAGUAGAAGUAGUCGAGAUUACCAUGAAGAGCAGAGUAGAGAAAAGCACAGGGAGAUACGAAGAGACUUAGAUGAUGACAGGGUAAAUGAGCGGGAUUAUAGGAAGAGAAAUGGAGAAAAUGGUCGUCAUGCAGAAAGAAGGGAUGGUGGAGAUUAUAGAAAAGGUGCAGAUAUUGAUAGACUCCUGGAACGGAGUACCGACAGAGAUUAUAGCAAGACUAGUGCAGAUAAUGAUAGCAGAGCUGAAAAGAGGAAGGAUGGAGAUCAUAGAAAGAGAAGGGUGGAUUAUGAUAGUAGCCAUGGGGAUAGGAGGGAUGAUAGAGAUUAUAGGAAGAGGAACAGAGAUGGUGAUAGUGAUCGUCGAGAAACAAGAGAAGAAUCACUUCACAGAAAAAGAAGUACAGAUGAUGAUGAUGGUCACAGAGACAGGAGGGAAGAGCGGGAACGUAGAAGGCGAGACAAUGGUGGUAGUGAUGAUCAUGAUCGUGAGAGAAGUCAUCGGGCUGAGAAAAGGAGAUGAAAUGAUGAAUUUUAUUUUCUGUAUAUGGUUGUGCCAUUUUGCAUCUAACAUUUUAUUUCCUUUUUUCAUUUGUUCUUUGGGGAUUUAGAUCUUGUCUGAGUAAUUCAUGAUCUUGUCUGAAUUAUGAAAACUAAUUUUUACUUUA